UUGAACCUGCACCCUCUGCCUAAAAGGCAGCGGCUGUAUCAUAACACCAGUAGGGACCAAAAUGUGAUGAUGGGUGAACUGUCAGUCACAUUACUCAUCUUUUUUCUCUCAAGGCACAUGCAUUGCCAAUUUGCGCCCGUGCACAAACUUGGGCCUUGGGCCACCUCCCAAAUCGUGGCGUGGGGCUACACACAGCGUGUAGGGAGCGGCUGCCCUGAUAUCAUGCCCAUACCAAGUGCACACACGCACCAACUGCCUCGUAUUGGUCAUAUUGAAAAGCUGAACUUUAGUUUUCGGAAAUCGUACUGUUAGGAAUGGAAUAUUUUUCCCUGUGCUAUCAGCAAGCUUUCAACAGGCCUUGUUCAAAGCAGAGAGCAUAUAGUAUACUAGUAGUAUAUAGUAUAGUAAUUAACCAUAGUUGUCCAUUUCUGACUAUCCUAUACUUUUGACUUGAAAGGAACAGUUUUGGGAAGGCGCCUUUUCUACCAAGCUACCAAAUCCUUAAUUAUCCUACCCAGGCAAAGUUUGCUGAAAAGCCUCAACAUCUGAAUUCUGAAUGCUUGGAUUGAAUGUGUUUAUGGGUCUCGCUGUUGUGGUUCUCUCAUUGGAUGCUUUGUUUCUGGGCCAGUGAGUAAGUAGGAGGCAAAUACACAGCGGAGGCGAAGGCCGGAAUGCCUCUCUCUCCUCUCAAGCAUUUCCCUUCUACCUGCAGAAGGCGGUCACAAAGUGAAACCACACCUCUGUGUGCCCUUUGUCAAGGAGGUGUGUCAAACCAAGGGGCAAGUGACACAAGCCUAAUCUUUGUAUUUGGAACAACCCUGAACACACACACACACACACACGCUUUCUGUGGCACAUUUCUGGCCCGGUGGAGUUGUGUGCUCUCAGCAAGACGACGAGGAAGGAACAAACAGAGGUGGCUGGGAGAUGAACUCUUUGAGACUGAAGGCGUUGGCAAACUCAGACUUGUACAGGCGAAGACAAGAGAGACCAGACAGCUAUGGUGUGCUCGGUGAUGGCUUCAGCAACAUGGCCAACGCGUUGGCCAACGCCAUGUGUGAGCGCUGCAAGAGCGGGUUCGCCCCGGCUGAGAAGAUCGUCAACAGCAACGGGGAACUUUACCACGAGCAGUGCUUUGUGUGUGCCCAGUGUUUCCAGCAGUUCCCCGAGGGACUCUUCUAUGAGUUUGAAGACAGGAAAUACUGCGAACACGACUUCCAGAUGCUCUUUGCUCCAUGCUGUCACCAGUGUGGAGAAUUCAUCAUUGGCCGCGUCAUCAAGGCCAUGAACAACAGCUGGCAUCCCGAAUGCUUCUGCUGUGACAUCUGCCAGGCCGUGCUCGCUGACGUCGGAUUUGUUAAGAAUGCUGGAAGGCACUUGUGUCGGCCAUGCCACAACAGAGAGAAAGCGCGUGGCCUUGGCAAGUACAUCUGUCAGAAGUGUCACGCCAUCAUUGAGGAGCAGCCCCUUCUGUUCAAGAAUGACCCCUACCACCCUGAUCACUUCAACUGUAACAACUGCGGUAAGGAGCUGACUGCGGAUGCCAGGGAGCUGAAGGGGGAGCUUUACUGCUUGCCCUGUCAUGACAAGAUGGGUGUUCCAAUCUGUGGGGCCUGCAGGAGACCCAUUGAGGGCCGUGUGGUCAAUGCCAUGGGCAAGCAGUGGCAUGUGGAGCAUUUUGUGUGUGCUAAGUGUGAGAAACCCUUCCUGGGACACCGUCACUACGAGCGCAAGGGCCUGGCCUACUGUGAAACCCACUACAACCAGCUGUUUGGAGAUGUUUGCUACCACUGCAAUCGCGUAAUAGAAGGAGAUGUGGUGUCAGCCCUCAACAAGGCCUGGUGCGUCAACUGUUUUGCUUGCUCAACUUGCAACACCAAGCUCACCCUCAAGGAUAAGUUUGUGGAGGUGGAUCUAAAGCCGGUGUGUAAGCACUGCUACGAACGCCUCCCAGAUGACAUGAAACGCCGUCUGGCCAAGCGAGAGCGUGACUCAAAAGAGAAAAAGAAGAAACCCUUGAUACCUAUGUGUCUGUGAUCAUGCUCUCUUGUUUCCUUCUGCGCACUUCAACCGUUCUUGGAACAAGUUUGUGGAGUUUGACAUGAAGCCGGUUUGCAAGAAGUGUUAUGAGAAAUUUCCACUGGAGCUGAAGAAGAGACUGAAGAAGUUGUCUGAAACUGUUGCAAGAAAGUGAACACCUCACAUCCACUUUUAGUCUUUUUUUAUGUAGAACUGCUAAUUCACAAGAGUUUGCAAAAUAUUACACAUACAUUUUCACUCUGCAGCUUCCUUUUUACACUGCUAUUUACAGUGCCGCCUCGGGCUAAAUUGGGACCCUGAGCAGAAUUUGAUUUAACAAAUUAACAAAGUGCCUUGAUAGGCAGCAGCUGUACCAUUACACCACCACGGAACGGGUGAAUUCUGCAAUUUUAGUCUCUCAUUCUGCUGCACGCUAUUCACCAUAUGCACAAAAGUGGGACCCCUCCAUGGGUUGCGGGGGCCUUAUGUAUAGCACGUGUUCCAUAUGUGGGGGGGGGGGGGGGGCACUGGCUAUUUAGUUCCAACACAUUAAGAUGUUUUACUGUGUUACUGAGUCUCUUGCAUAUUAAAAGAGUAAGUCCAAAGAAAAUUGAAGAAAACCCUUAUUUUGUUGAAUGCUUAUAUCUAUUAUUUACUGUUUAUUAUUAUGGCUAUUUUAUAUAUUGUAAAUGUGUGUUUUCUUUAAUAACUAUGUGGCCUUCUUGUUUCUGUAUUAGCUUUGGCUAUCAUUUUCGGUUUAUGAGUUUAUCUAUGAAAUCAGUGUUCCCUGUUAGUUGAUGUCAGAUUUAAACUUCAGUAAGACCAAUCCACACAUAUUUAUUUGGUUCAGUCUGGAAAACUACAAUUGUGAAGUACAAUUACUUCACAGUGCCAACACAUGCAUAAUAAGCUUGACAGCGGUCGGCUGUAUUUCAUGGCAACUGUUGCAUUACAGCCUGAUGGACUGUAGCAUUUGUAAGCACCGGAUGUGCUUGCGGCGUUAAAAACAUGUGUCGCUGCCGCUUGCAAUGCAGGGAAAGUUAUCCUCUUACCCCAACUUCCUCCAGAUUCGGAAAUGAAGCCGACUGUUCAAUCUGAUUAUCCCAAAUUAUUUAACCUCAACUGUAUUUUGUCAUAAAACCUGCAUACCUUUGAUUGGUUAUAAUUACACAUUCCUUGGCUUUUUAGAAAUGUGUUUUUGUUCUGAAUUUCAUAAUUUAUUCCAGAUCAUUUCAUUUAUUACGAGUACAUUUCUAUACUGUACAGUGGAUCCCUGCAAAUGUGCGGCCAACAAGUUAUUUUAAAAUAGUUUAUUCCGUAGAAAACACAUCUCAUUCACCCCAAGUCGGCAAUAAUAUAUAAAUAUUUGAUAAUAAAGCAUAAAAUGUACAGCAAACAUAUACCACUGUUUUGCCCACAAUUCUGGCCUAUUUAUGUGUUUAUGCUUAUGUGUUUUCACUUUCUUUGGCUGUCCUUGAACACACCAUAGUUGCUGUGAGAAAUGCAGGGAUCUACUGUGCUGAUUUAAAAAUAACUCAAUAAUAAAUAAUUCAGCAGCCCUGAAGAUAGGUGAAAAAAUAGAUUUAACUUGAAUGACCUGAUUUGAUGCCACAUUUUUUUUUCAUGUUGCUUGGCAAUCACGUAAACAAAAUGCAUGUAGGAAACUUGAAUGGAAAGUUGGUGUUUUUAUAAAUACUUUGUCUGUUCAUCAUAAUAAACGUUUAUUUAAAUUAU